AUGAACUUUGACGUCAAAGCAUCUAAUCGUAAGAGUAGAGCGCCGUGGCAAAGCUCUGCGAAUAAUACUAAAAUAAGUAAUCCAUAUGCUGAUGCUAAUACAUCGGUAGUAACGAAUAAUGAGAAUAAUGAUAGUUUACAGGUCCCCAAUCCGUAUGGAGUCAAUAAUAAGAGUAAUAGGAAGAAUACAAGAAGAUUGAGUAUACAUGCAUCGGCAGCUGCGGCAGGUCAUGGAAGAGGACCAUUUGAUUCAACAAAUUUACCACCUGUUCCCCAACUAUACAAGACAAACACGCAAUCGUCCGAUGCAGUGCUGGCUAUCAGCAAAGGACAGGAAGAGGAAGAAGUGGAUAUAGAGACUAAGAUAUUUGGAGAAUUGUCUAAUGGUACUGCUACGGAAAUCGAUGAUUAUUACAAAGUAUUGGUAAAGCAGAAAGCAUUGAUCACCAGAGAUAUGAAGAGUAAUAUAAACCAGAACCAGAAGAAUAUUUUAGAAUUAACUAAUGAUUUGAAAGAAACCCAAGAAGAACUUUUACAAUUGCGUAUCACUACCAAGGAAUUGUAUGGUGUGUUAGACGAGUUUAAGGAAGCUGCUGAAAGAAGAAUAGAAUUGGAGCAUGAGACUCAGCAGACGGAUCAGAACCAUAACAAUCUGUAUGCGGCAUUGAACUCAAAGAAGCGUAAGGAUCGUUCUUCGGUAAUGGUUCUCGGGAAGAUGUGGGCUAGUGAAUUGCAAUCGUUGUGUAAACACGUCGAUGGGGCCUCGAAAUACGUUCAGCCAUUACCGGGGAGACAUGUGCUUGCCGAGAGUGGAAGAUGGUAUGAAGUUAAUGUGGGGACAUGGAAGCCCACCAAAGCGACACAUUUAUUUAUGUUGAAUGAUUUGGUAUUAAUAGCAACGAAGAAAAAUUCUAUGAGUCAGGAUACUGGUGAUAAAAAAACUUCCAGACUACAAGCUAUCCAUUGUUGGCCAUUACACGAGGUAAAACUAUCUGAAGUUCGUGUUCCAAGCAAUUCGACUAAGACAGACAAAGAUGGUAAUAAACUCUAUGUGAUAAAUAUAAAAUCGAAAUCGUUAAGUUAUGUCUAUCAGACUGAUAGAUAUGACCAUUUUUUGAAGAUAACAGAAGCUUAUAAUAAAGGAAGGAAUGAAAUAUUAGCCAAAGAACGAAUGCUCAAUUCAAAGUCUAUUGGUCAAACUCCUGACCUUAUUGAAACAGAUGAUGAAAAGAGACAGUUGCGACAAUCAUUAAGAAAUUCGGGAAUAAGUGAUGGUGCAUCAGAUGAAACUAGUAAACGUAAAAGUGGAACCCAGCGUAAUAGUGCUGAUAUUUUGUUACAGGAUAUAUCUGCACGGGUACAUUCAAGGAAUAGAUCACACGAUUUCGACCAUGGCCCUCAUGCCAAAAUAAAUGCUGCUGAUAGAGGACAGUUUUUUAAUGAUUUGAAAAAGAUUGAAGAUAGGCUUGACGAAGUUGACAUUGAGAUAUCCCGUAAUAAAUACACCGAAUCGGUUGGACUUAUUAAAUAUAUUGAAAACAAGUUAUCCAGUAUAGAACUGGCAAUUUCUAACAAUUCAUCAAAUGCUUUAAUUUCCGUUGACGAAAUUAAAUUACUUAUUGAUGUCAUAAAGUUAAAAAUAAAUAACAGAAAGUCAAAAAUACAGCAAUGCUUAGGUUUUGAUUUGCAACAUAACAUAGGAAAGUUAACUACUUCUCAAAUAUCUAUAAUUAUUGAAUUUUUUCAUAAUUUUGAUCAAUUGGAUAAGGGUAUAUCGUUGUAUUUACAGGCAGUUACUAAUAACUUAUCUAUCACAGUGUCCAGACUAGUUGUUGGAGUCCAAGGCUCGACAAAAAUAGAUGUUGUCAAUUAUUUGUCAAAUUUGGUUAUUAUUAAUGUUUCUAUUAUUAAAAGAGCUAUAACAGUAUAUAAAGAAUGUAUUGUUCCAGUAUUAAAGAAGGAUUUAAAUGGAAAUGUUGAUUCUAGUGGAUUGAUUAAUUGGUCUAUUGAUGAGGUUGCUAAAUUGGUAAAAACCAUAAAGAAGCAUCUUUACGGCAGCUUGGUUGUGUUAACCGGUAAUAAUGAGGAGACAGAGGAGCCAACAUAUAAAGUCAAAGAUACCGCAUUAUUCCAAGAAUUCAUUGGAGUAGUUAAACCCCAAUUAAACACUUUGAAAAAUGUUGGUGUCAAUGUAGAAUUCUUAUUUGACGAUAUUUUAUCGCUUAAAUAA